AUAUAGAUUUUUUUUCCUGAUGAUUUGGAGUUUUCACCGGAUGAUAUUGACCACCCAGCCACAAUGCAAUCUCAAACUGUUUUUGAUGUGGUUGAUAGUACUGAGAGAUGUGAGUCCUCCGUGGUUAAUCAGGAAGAACCACUCAUAGAUUGGAGCUUGAUUGAGAUAGCUCCUCCCAUAACUGAAGAAGACAAUAUGUGUGAUCCUCUUGGUAUUAACGAUGUCGACAUUCCCAUAACCGAAGAGAAUAUGUGUGAUCUUCUUGGUAUCAACGAUGAGGCAGUCCCCGAGCCACCGCCUUCUCCACCUAGUGAGGAAGUUUACAUGACCGAUGAGGAGGACCGUCAGCUUUUCAUUGAGGCUGCCAUUCCCGUGGAUGAUAGUGUGCCACCGGAUGAGGAGAUUGCAUAUGACAAAGAGAACCCGUAGAUGUAUCUUGGUGCUUUGUUUCCUUCAAUGAAAGAUUUUAGGAUGGCUAUUAGACAAUAUGGAAUUAAAAGGGAGAUCGACAUUUGGGGAUAUAAGACUGAUAAGAAAAGAUAUCUUGGCAAAUGUAGAGCCAAGGGUUGUCCAUGGAGGAUUACAGCGAGAGUGAGGACUGAUGGACAAAGCACAAGGGUUACCAAGAUUUUUGUGAAGCACAAGUGCUCCUCUACCGGUAGGAUAAAAAGCAGCAUGACAUCUCAAGGAUGGGUAGCACAGAGGACCGUACCCAUUAUACAGAGUGACCCUACAAUUGGAUGCAAAGAGCUGUUGGAGAAUUUGCAAGAUACAUAUGGCACUACCAUUGAGUAUCAUACGGUGUGGAAAGGCAAAGAUAUAGCACAGAAAGAGAUUUAUGGUAGCAUGAGGCAAAGUUUUCAAUAUUUGUUUAACUUCAAGGCAGAAGUUGAGAAGAGAUCCCCAGGCAGCAUUGUAGAGGUGGAUAUGAAGAUGGUUGACGGUAUAGUUCGCUUUAACCGAUUCUUUAUGGCUCUUAAACCUUGCAUUGAUGGCUUUAAAGAUGGUUGUAGACCAUAUCUUAGUAUAGACUCAACUGCACUCACCGGUAAAUGGAGAGGUCACUUAGCCGCUUGCACAUCAUUAGAUGGGCAUAAUUGGAUGUAUCCUGUAGCAUUUGCAUUCAUUGAUGGUGAAACCGACGAAAAUUGGACAUGGUUCAUGUCACAACUCAACAAGGCAUUAGGUCAUGUUUCCCCUCUAGCUAUAUGCACAGAUGCAUGUAAAGGUUUAGAGAAUGCAGUCAAAAAAAUAUUCCCUCGUGCAGAUCAAAGGGAGUGUUUUAGGCAUCUCAUGGCUAACUUCUCUAAAAAGUUCCAGGGAGAUGUGUUUGGCAGAAUGUGGCCAGCCGCUAGGGCAUAUAGGCCACAAGUUUUUAACUACCACAUGAAUAAAAUCCUAGCAGAAGCACCUGAUGUGCAUGAAUAUCUUUCAAGGUACCACAGCUUAAAAUGGAUGAGAUGCAUGUUUGACCCGUCCAUUAAAUGUGAUUACAUCAACAAUAACCUUGCUGAGUCUUUUAAUGGUUGGAUUAAAGAUUACAAAGAUUUGCCACCUGAUGAGCUAGCUGACACUCUUAGAGAGCUAGUCAUGAAACUUCAUGAGAAAAGGAGAAAGAUUGGAAUGAAACUGAAAGGAAAAAUUAUUCCAGCCAUCAUCCAACAGAUUCAUAAUAGGACAAGGGGACUUAAACAUUUGAAGGUUGGGAAAUCUGGAGUUGCAAGUUGUGAGGUGAGGGACACAAGUAAAUACAACUUGCGACAUGUUGUGAAAACUGACCAAAGCGAGUGCACAUGCUUGGAGUGGCAGCACACAGGGAAGCCUUGUGAGCAUGCACUUGCUUUCUUGCUAGAUAGAAGGAACCCCAGAUGGGAGGAUUAUGUGCAUGACUAUUUCUCUCUAGAGAAGUUUCGGGCAGCAUAUGCUGGAGAGAUUGAGCCAUUGACAGAUAGGUCUCAAUGGCCACAUGUACAAUUUCCAUUUGACAUGGAGGCUCCAUUAGACAAGAAAAGAGGUGUUGGAAGGCCUAGAAGGAACAGGUACAAGAGCUUCCUCGAAGGUGGAGAUGGUGGUCCUAAAAAGAAGAAAGAGCCAAAACAGCUAGGCAACAAGAAUAGAUGCAAAAGAUGCCCCAUUUUAGGCCACAGGCAGUCCACGUGUCCGUUGAAUGGGCCAAAGCCAAGGAAAAGAAAGAAGAUAGCACCAAGAUAUCCAGCUGAUGAUGAUGCCUCGGCACCGGAACCUGAAGUUGCAGCCCAACAACCUGAAGUUGUCACUCCCAGUAGGCACAUGAUCACUAUACCACAAAGUCUUCAAGGCAGUCCUAAUCCAGUGACAAGAAGCAUGUUGGCUUCGGCAUUGGCUGAUGAGGCAACACAUACUACACCACAACUUGAUGUGGCCGUCACUCCAACAAGGCACAUGAUCACUAUGCCACAGAGUCUGCAAGGAAGUCCCAAUCCAGUGACAAGAAGGAUGUUGGCCAUGGCAUUGGUUGAUGAGGCAUCGCAGAAACCUACCCCUACCAUGGAGGGGACACCAUGA